AUGUUUGAACACGACUGGUCGUGGCCUCGUGCUGCUCGAUACUACACCUAUCGCUACAAUCUGCUAGACGCCGACAAGGAAGAAAUCUUCGAUGCAGGACAGUCAGAUGACGUUCGAAAACCAAGCACCAAUUUUUGUCGUCGACCCUCGAUAGCUCUGAACUUCCUGCUGGCCAUACUCGUGGCGGCCGCAUGCGGCCUUUGUUUCUACGGUGGCACGCUCUAUGGGGAGAGGAGCACCAAGGGGUACAACGAGGAUCUUCGCAAGUCGUUGAGAUUGCGUAACGUCGAGAUCCAAUUGGAAUACAACGCCAGCUUCGGCGAUGCCCCGAACACCGUCACGGAAGCUGCCUGGGACAGUCUGCUGCCGGUCCAAGGGGGGUUCUUCCAGCAUCCCGAGAUCGCGACUGCGCGGUCUGAUUUUGCCGUGUUUCAUCAACUUCAUUGCCUGAACGGAAUCAGACAGGCAUACUGGUUUACCCACGACGCCAUGGUGACAGGUCGACGACUCAGCGACGCCGAGUUCCCGGACAUGAUCUCGUCACGGCACAUAAGCCACUGCAUUGACCUGCUCCGCCAGGCGCUCAUGUGCCAGCCCGACUUGACGGUGGAGGUCAAGGACGAGAGAGGCGGCGUCACGGGAUUCGGCACUGUGCAUCAGUGCAAAGACUGGCAGCAGCUGAUGGGAUGGAUGGCUGAGUGGGAGUCGUACGGCCAAACAGAGCCGUAUGAUCCUGGGAAGCACAAUCAUCAUGGACAUCAUAGUCUGGUAGGAGGAUAA